AUAUGGAAGAACCAAUGUUAACACGUAAAGGAACUAGAAGCUCUAAAGUCAUUCAAUAAUUUCAACAUGCCACGUCUAACAGAAGAUGGAAGAUCCGAAAGAAACAGAACAGAGCCUUUUAAAGACGGAAGCAACCAGAUGCACUAAAAUAAACUGUGAUGCUUCAUUAAAACCCUGUUCUGGGGAUGCAGCUUCUGGAACAAUUUGGGGGAAAAUGAUAACAGGAAAAGAAGAUCUCAUGACAAACUACUCAGUAGAAUGAGCAGAGACUUUAGCUGUUAGAGAUGGCUUGUGAAACCGAUGACUCCACCAUAGCUGCCACUCUCCCUAAACCAAAGCUAGCUAACUGGGAUAUCUACAUCCUAUCAUUCUUGACACUGUCUGCUUGUCUAAAAAAUUUGAGAGCAGCAACAACCUGGAUUCCAACAAGCAUCAGAAAGAGGUUGUGCAUUGGGGACUGUACAGGCACCCCCUUCCUCUUUAACCCAUGUUCUCACCUGUGAUUUCUUAGCUUCUGUUCAGAGCUCUGACUUUGGGGACUAAUUAGCUUUCUCUAUCCCCCGGCUGUAGCUUUGUCUUUCUCUCUGUUUUCAUGGCCAAAAAGAAGCUGAAACAAAAUAAUUCAUAAGAAAUAAUAUCCUCACUAAACCUUAAUGGACGACAUUCAAAAGGUGGGGGAGAAACCAUAAUAAAAGUUUAGUUCUUUUUAGGAUGAAUACACCAUAAAUCCACUAACUGCCAUAUCACCAUAAAAAAACAAUUCAACAGAUGAGAUCAAUAUCUCAUACGGUUUCUGCUUCUGCAGCUUCAACUUUCAUCAAUUAAAAGGUGUAUUAAUGG